GUCGGGAGAGCAGCCCGCUCGCCCUCUCGACAGAAAUAUAACGGCAAGCAACGGAGACGGUCAGUACUACUGCUAAUAUAUUCGUUACAUAUGAAAUCUACUGUCUUCUAUAUAUUUUUAUUUUUUUAAUUCUCCCCUUCUCUCUCUCCCUCCCUUCACCUUCUUCCGUUCUUUUUUAUUGCCCCCCUUUGUUUCAACGGGCGAGGAUUUUCCGAAGCCAAAAACCUUCUUCGUUUCCGUAGCGGAGCGAGGAGACGAGAGAAACUCACAACAAAAGACGGUUUCUUUCUGCCUUCCUCUGAAAAGGGUUUGUCUCUGUUAAUGAGCUGGGCUUCGAUUCCCGCCACUCCUUCGCAAGCAGAGGAAUUCGGUUUGUGAAGCUGAAAGAUGGAUGAGGCCAAGGUGGAAGAGUGUUGCCUUGAGAAUAAGCAACAAACAGCUGCUUCAAGCUCUUCUGUCUCUGAGGGAAGUGGCAGUGCCGUUAACAAGUCUCCUGGAGUAUCAAGUCCAGCCACAGCAUCACCAACACAUAGGAGAACCACUGGCCCGAUAAGACGAGCUAAAGGUGGCUGGACCCCUGAAGAGGAUGAGACAUUAAGAAAGGCUGUUGCUAAGUACAAGGGGAAGAGUUGGAAGAAAAUAGCUGAAUAUUUUCCUGAUAGAUCAGAAGUCCAAUGUCUCCAUAGGUGGCAAAAGGUUCUGAACCCUGACCUUGUUAAAGGACCCUGGACUCCAGAGGAGGAUGAUAAAAUUAUUAAGUUGGUGGCAAAAUACGGACCAACAAAAUGGUCUGUCAUAGCGAAAUCUUUACCUGGCCGCAUAGGAAAGCAGUGCCGGGAGAGGUGGCACAAUCAUCUCAAUCCUAAUAUUAAAAAAGAGGCAUGGACACUAGAAGAGGAAAUGGCACUCAUAAAUGCCCACCGGAUGUAUGGCAACAAAUGGGCUGAAAUAGCUAAGGUUCUACCUGGAAGGACUGACAACUCAAUUAAAAAUCACUGGAACAGCUCCUUGAAGAAAAAGUUGGAGUUUUAUAUGGUUACUGGGAAGCUACCUGUGGUUCCGAAAAUCCAGAAUGGUGCAGCACAUGGUCCAACCAGAAUGAGUAAAGAAUCUGAUUCAACUGCCCAAACCUCAUCAGGGACUACUGACAUUUGCAGGCUAGAGGAGGAUGGCAAGGAUCAGUUGGACUCACCGAGUGCUCAGCUGCAGAAUUCGGUUGCUGAUUCUGAAGUUGGUGUGGAACAUCAUCAAUUACAGUCGCCCUUAGAUGUUAGUUGCUGCAAGCUUGAGUUAAGACAAAAUUUUGAGGCUUGUGGGUUGAAUGGCAACAUGAAUAAAGGUAGGACUGCUGGGUCUCCCCCUGUUGCUGCAACACCCCCGCCCUAUGGUUCUCUAUGGUACGAGCCACCACAAAUGAAAACUUGUAGUAUUUCUCUGGACUGCAAUCCCAGUCCAAUAAUAUCUUCUCCAGCUGGUUUCUUCACCCCACAAUGUGUGAUUAGUAGCAGUGGUGGCUUGGUAAGUUCACAGAGCCCAGAAACAAGGUUGAGAAUUGCUGCCCUGAGUUACCCCAACACACCGUCCAUAUUCAGGAAGAGGAAGACACUAGCUCGAGUUCCUGAACUUCCCAGAGUGGAGGGGACAUCAACAGGGAGUAUAAAACCCAACCAGAGCCCGUCUCAGGAGGGAAGUUUGCAUAGUAGUAGUAGUAGUCCUAGUUUGGUGGUAGAUGAUAAUGGCAGUGUUAGUAGUAAAACAUGGCCAAAUGGAAAGCCAUUCAAUGCGUCUCCUCCAUAUCGACUGAGAUCCAAGAGGCUGCCUGUCUUGAAAUCUGUUGAAAGGCAGCUGGAGUUCGCUUUCAAUGAGGAUGAUCAACAUGAAAAUGGUGCUAACAGUGGCAAAGCUGUUAAGUACACUGCUGGGGCAAGUUCUGCUGCUCCGGAGAUGGCUGUGACAUAGGCUGAUUGGUAGCUUGUUUGACACGGGAACCAGAGAGACGACCCUUUUCUGGUGCUGACUUUACUAAUUGAGACCGAGACUUUACAGAGUUGCAUUCGUUCGACUUGUCGAUAGUAUUUUCCAGGAGCUAUGCCUUCACUACUGGCUUGUGUGGAAUAUACAUAAGAAGAAUGAGCAGGAUAGGUGUUUUUGGGGGAGCUCACACUUUUGUUUCAAGUCACCAAAUUGUAACUACCUUGUACAGGUGAACAUAAACUUUGUCGAGCAGCACUAGUAUUUACAUAAGACCAAAAUGUUGAAGAAUAAAAGAUGGAUCUUAGCAGAGUAUAUCCUUUCUCUGUUUUGGGUUCUUUUGAGUUCAUUUUUAUAUCGGGC